AGGGUGGGGACAUGUGAGCACGAAGGUAGUCUGGGGGACGAGGUAUGGUGGAUCAGGGCUUCCACCAGGGCCUGAUGGUGCCUUCUGGGGAGGCUGGAAUGAACCUUACACAUCAAAGUUGAUUUGGAAGGACUUGGUUCUUGGAGUCUGCAGGGCAGAGGUCGCCGUCCGCCCGGAGCCUGCGGAAUAGACGUCACACAGCCACACGACAGCACAGUGCAGCGGUGCAGCAGUGCGAGGGCCGCGGGGUGACGUGGGGCAGCGCGGCGUCGGCGCACUCCCGGGCCUGGAGCCUCGCGGGGCUGUGGCACGACGACUCGCACGAUUAAACAGGAGGCCCUCUUCCCGCUGCGUCAGGGAGGUGCGGGGUGCAGGACGUCAAGCCACGCACUUCCCUCGCGGGGCUCAGGGGGCGGGGCCUGGCGCUGCCACGCCCCACACGGCGCCGGAACUCUGGCGUCACGGCGACGACGCCGGAAGCGGGGCUGGUGCGCGUCGUUGCCGGGCAACGGGCCGGAGCUACGCGAAGCGACUGCAGGCCGUUUCGGCAGGCGGAGGCGGGACGCGGCCAAGCGACACUGGACCCACACCAGGCAUCAGCACUCCGGGCAGUGGGCAAGCGGGCGGCCCUCUAGGCCGUGUCCAGCCCUGGGCCUUCCAGUGCAGCAGUGUGUAUGUCUCCUGAGCAUCUUCCCAUCUAUGCGGGCCUGGCGACACCAACAUGGAAGGCCCGCAGGAGCUGGGAGGAGAGCCCGGCCAGAUGCCCCUUCUAAGCAGGUUUCUGAGUGACCUCGCAGAGGUUGCAGGCGAGGUUUCCCUCCACCAGGCUUCUGAAGACAGCGGUGCAAGCGAGGUACCUGGGAGACAGAGUGUUGCCCACGUGGAGUGGGUGAGGAUCCGCUCCCACCUUCCUCCAUCAGACGGGGAAGCCAAGAUCUCUGGGCUCAAUGAGGGCUUUUCCACCUACACCUCCAGUGGUCUGGACCCAGGGGAACACAGCGGUGCCUGGGGGCAGUUUGAAGGCUUUCAGGAAUCUUCCGCCAAGUUCGAACAAUAUUCUCAGUUCUUUGAACUCCCAGAGAGGGCCGCAGCACCUGAGCCGCCAAGAACUGCUUCUGCCCACAAGGAGUGUGGUUUUCAGCAACUUCACCAGGGCGGACCUUGGGUGACAGGGACUGCUGCCAUCUCACCUUCUGAGCCCAUUCUCAGCUAUGAGGACGUCUUCAGGUUUGCUUUUCAAGAAGUGCCAGUGCAGCAGGUGACUGACGAUGUUCCCACCUUGCGUCACCUCUUAGAGAUUGGCCUUGAGGAACCAGGCCUUGGGUCUGCACACAGAUGCUGUUCUGAAUCCAGAAAACUCUGGAGAGCUCUUCAGAGCACAAAUAGCAUGGCCACGUCCCACUGCCUGUGGCGCGAGUCCCACUGCCAAGCAAACUUCCUCCCUGUCCUCGGAGUAGACGCCGCUCAGAACCUUUCCGGAGGCCAGGGUCACGAUUCGGAAGGUUCCAAGCUGCGGGAGGCUGCAGAAGUUGGGGUGUCCAGCCUCCGUGUGCACGGCUGCAGAGCGCUGAUCCAGACCAAGCUCUCAGGGACGUCAGGCGACAGGCAGGGGAGCCUCGUCACAUACAGCCUUUUUCUGCAGAUGCCCUUCCACGGGCACGGGCAGUGCGUCACAGCGCCAAGGAGGAAGCUCUUCAGUCGCCGUAACCUGAAAAUGACACUGUUUCAUAGUGACGUUUGCUGAGACGGGACGACCUGCUAGCUGAGGAAUUCACAUCUCCUGGCUUGUUUGGUGGUGACCACUCCUGUUUUGUGAGGGUUCCCAAGUCUGCGCCUGCUGGGUCAGUUUCAGGGGAGGGUCCUUCGGCAGAGCCAGCCCUCACCAUGAAUGGGCGCCGAGGUCCCCAGGAACUCCCCCAGCCUGCCCAGUGCAGGUGCUGCCAGUCCUGGGGGCUCCCGCUGAGGGACCCAGGCCUGGCUGCCUGAGCUGCACUGCCCAGGGCUCCGGGUCCCCGCCCAGCGGCCUCUUGCACCCUGUGGGCGAGCUGGCCCUGGUCAUCAGCCUUGGAGAUCCCCUUCUGAAGGCAGAGCCAGAAUAGGCACUGACUUUUGUAACAUUUUAGCAAAUAAAACGGCCUGGAUC